AUGAACUUUUUGAAAUUCACCCACGACAAGCUAAAUGUCGAGACAUUGACCGACCUCGUCUCCUCACCGAAAUGUGGGGCUGUCUCCAUUUUCAUGGGGACCACACGAGACACCUUCGACGAUAAAACCGUCCUCAAGUUGGAGUACGAAGCCUACGAAACCAUGGCUUUGAAAACACUGGAGAAAGUCUGCGAGGAGAUGCGCACCAAGUGGCCCCAAAUCGCCAACAUCGCGGUUUACCAUCGUCUGGGGGCUGUCCCAGUCAAAGAGGCGAGCAUCGUGAUCGCAGUCGCGGCCCCCCAUCGCGCCGACGCCCUCCACGCCACAGAAUGGUGCAUCGACAAGGUGAAGGAGUGCGUCCCCAUUUGGAAAAAGGAGGUCUACGCCGAGGCAGCCCCCCAAUGGAAACAAAACAAAGAAUCCCCCAAACCGAAAAAAUUCAAACUAGAGACCGAACCCCGCGUCGAAGCCCCCCACAUCCCGCCCCAUUUGAUCCAAAUCAAGGCCCCCAACUCGGAUCUAAACAAACGAAUCGAGAAUUUCAUGGAAAUGAAACGAAACGAGAUUAAUAUAAACAACGUGAGGGAGUUUUGCACCAGUGAUUGCAACUGUGCUCGAGUCGAUGCUGUUUUACAAAAACGCAAAGACUCCAAAGGACAUUUGCAAGUUAGUCGAGUCUUAAACACGUAUCAUCGUGACCAAACUAAUUCCGACUAUUUAACCAAGUAUAUCCCCCAAAAUGGGGUCGAGGAGCGUCUCCAAAACCUCGAACUCCAACUAAGCUUGACCACACCAACCCCCAGAGACAUAUACACACGUUUGAAGAAACUCGAAGAGCGGAUGCUCCACCUCGAGGCGAUUUCCCCCGAAUAUGUCAAUUUUUGGGACAAAACAAAACACACAUUUGUGAAGAAAAAAGUUUUUUCGCUCGAGGAAAUCGACUCGUUGAUCACCGAUUUGGAACAAAGGGUUCAGGACGAGAAAAAAUAAUUUUUGUUUUUUUUAAUAAAUUAAGUAAAUAUC